AUGAUGUCCUUUGGAAACGUUCGGUUGCGUUAUCAACGCGCUAGCCGGAUUCUGCGAUCGAGCAUCGAAAAGACUGCCAAGGUGGCAGCCGCAGAAGAGCAUCGUUUCCAGGAGACCAUUAUAAACACAAUUGCGGAGUUUGCAAAGAACCUACCCGAUGCCCAAAAGAUCGAGAUCCUGAAGUUCAUUCUCAAUUUUGACCCGCUUCCCAGGUACCACCGUUUUGCCUGUUUCUCUUGCAUCUAUACCGAUCCCUCCGUACUUAUUCAGACAGGGUUCAGGAUCUUGUUGUUAAUUCUGUCUUUAACCCGGCCCACGAACACAUGUGCCGCACAAAGCACGGCCUUGCAGUGCUACUUUCUUAGCACCGCCUGUACUGUCUUCUCCCCCCCCACUCUGCAUUGA